AUGGCGGAAGAGUCCAACAUAGACGCUAUCUAUUUCAGACAGUUAAUUAUCUAUCUAUCUAUCUAUCUAUCUAUCUAUCUAUCUAUCUAUCUCAGUCUGAUCAUUAUCUAUCUAUCUAUCUAUCUAUCUAUCUAUCUAUCUAUCUAUCUAUCUAUCUCAUUCAAUUCACAUAUAUCACACUCAAUAUUUAGCUCACUCAGUCUGAUCAUUAUCUAUCUAUCUAUCUAUCUAUCUAUCUAUCUAUCUAUCUAUCUAUCUAUCUAUCUAUCUAUCUCAUUCAAUUCACAUAUAUCACACUCAAUAUUUAGCUCACUCAGUCUGAUCAUUAUCUAUCUAUCUAUCUAUCUAUCUAUCUAUCUAUCUAUCUAUCUAUCUAUCUAUUCAUCUAUAUCCAUUCAAUUCACAUAUAUCACACUCAAUAUUUAUUAUCAGUCUGAUCAUUAUCUAUCUAUCUAUCUAUCUAUCUAUCUAUUAUCAUAUCUAUUCAAUAUCUAUCUAUCUAUCUAUCUAUCUAUCUAUAUCUCAUUAAAUUCUAUCUAUCUAUAUAUAUAUCACUCAAUAUUUAGCUCAGUCUCUAUCAUUAUCUAUCUCAUCUAUCCAUCUAUCUAUCUAUCUAUCUAUCUAUCUAUCUAUCUAUCUAUCUAUCUAUCUCAUUCAAUUCACAUAUAUCACACUCAAUAUUUAGCUCAUCUGAUCAUUAUCUAUCUAUCUAUCUAUCUAUCUAUCUAUUAUCUAUCUAUAUAUCUCAACUCAUUAAGGCUCAUCUGUCUAUCUAUCUAUAUCUAUCUAUCUAUCUAUCUAUCUAUCAUAUCUAUCUAUCUAUCUAUCUCAUUGAUCAUUAGAAAUAGAUCUAUCUAUCUAUCUCAUUCAUUAAAAACUAUCACACUCUCAAUAUUUAGAUCUAUCUAUCAUUAUCUAUCUAUCUAUCUAUCUAUCUCAUCUAUCUAUCUCACAAUCAUAGAAAAUAUAACAACACUAGCAUUUUAG